GUGGCGGGCGCGGGCCGUGAGAGGCCGCGGGGGGCGGGCGCGACCGAGGGGCGGCGCCCGCGAACAUGGCGAAGACGUACGACUAUCUCUUCAAGCUGCUGCUCAUCGGCGACUCGGGCGUGGGCAAGACCUGCGCGCUCUUCCGCUUCUCCGAGGACGCCUUCAACGCCACCUUCAUCUCCACCAUCGGUAUCGACUUCAAAAUCCGGACGAUCGAGCUGGACGGGAAGAGGAUCAAACUACAGAUCUGGGACACCGCCGGGCAGGAGCGAUUUCGAACCAUCACAACCGCCUACUACAGGGGAGCAAUGGGCAUUAUGUUAGUCUAUGACAUCACCAAUGAAAAAUCUUUUGAAAAUAUUCGGAACUGGGUCAGGAAUAUUGAAGAGCAUGCCUCUCCAGAUGUUGAAAAAAUGAUCCUUGGGAACAAAUGUGAUGCAAAUGACAAAAGACAAGUUUCUAGAGAGCAAGGGGAGAAGCUUGCUGCAAGUUUUGGAAUUAAAUUUAUGGAGACCAGUGCAAAAGCAAAUAUAAACAUAGAGAACGCGUUUUUCACUCUUGCGAGAGAUAUCAAAGCAAAAAUGGACAAGAAGUUGGAAGGCAAUAGCCCGCAAGGCAGCAACCAGGGAGUCAAAAUCACACCAGACCAGCAAAAGAAAAGCAGCUUUUUCCGAUGUGUUCUUCUGUGAGGGACACUGCCUUAACCUGAGCUUCUGCUCAACGGAACUGGACUGUGCCUGUUCUGAGUGAGAUUUCCUCUGUCUGCAGACUUAGCUUUUUCAACAUACCUUGUCACUUUGUGACCAUCUGAAUAAGAAAUCGUUUAUUUUAGUAAUUGUCUGACUCUUCAAUUUUGGAGAUGAAACAAGUUUAUUUUUGUCAGAUUGCCACUGGGCAUGCGUAUUGUCUAGCAGAGGGAGUACAGAUCGGAUGUGACCUGUGACAUAGCGCCUUUGCUGACAGGCUUCAAUCUUGUCGUUCAUAUCCGUAAUGUAUCCAAAUUAGAAAGAUUAAGUUAUGAUCCAAAUAAGGAACUGAAAUGCCAAUAUUAAUGAAGUGCAGGUAUGCGUACAUGAUACAUGUGCAUAUCCGUGUCUGUAGAUGCAUAUACAACAAUGCAUCAGAACAUCAAAUAAAUGCACUUAGGUGAGCAGUACAGGCCUAUACCUUUUUUCAGAAGGUAGAAGGAAACUUUCUGCAUCUCCACCACUUUGCUACUACAGAGAAAAUCCUUUACCUGUCUGUUCCUUAUUCAGUUGCAUUACUCCAGACAAUCCGCAAGUACGAUUGAAGUUUUAACAAAAAAAAAAAUCCUCCUCAAAGGAAUCUCUAUUUUUUUUAAAAAACCAAAGUGUGCUGUAAAUAUAAUGGAUCCUCACCAUCAGGAAUUACUUUAUCUAUGUGAGACUUGACCGUGCUUAAUUCAGUACUCCAGACAUUUAACAGGAGAUGAUUGCUACAGUGAGGCCCGUGCAAAUGAUCUGUCAUCUGUUCUUAGAGAAACAGACAACGCGGUUCAGGUAGGGACACUUGCUCAAAACUUGUGACGUUACAGUGGGCGCCUUUUCCUUCUCCAGUUGAGAAUGACACCGGAUCUGUUGUGAUGCAGUAGCUCAUUUUAAAUUGUGACAAGAAAAUGUAUUGCACUGCUUCCAGUCGUGUGUUCUCAUGCACACUCACUCACAUAUGCAAAUAAACGUUGCACAUACGAACACUUUCUGAAAACAAACUUUUUAAAACUGAGUUUUGCCUUGCUGCUUUGUAUUGAUCAUUUCAGAUUUCAAGCAGCAACAAACCUGUUAAUAGCAUGCAUCAAUGCAAAUGAUGUCUAGUACUCAGUGGAAAUAUUCUAUGUAUUUAUUCCUAUAAACACAGUCUAUUACAUUCCAAUAUCUAAAAUGUAACGGCCAAGUGAAGCUCCUAGGUAUUUAAUUGCUCUCAGUUCAGAGGCUGCAAGCCUGGCUCUUAAUGAGACUUAAUUAGAAUAAGGAGCCAAUAAGAGCCAUGUAUUUCAAAGUCUGCUGUCAAGCGAUUGGCAUUAUGGUGUAUUUAAUUCGAGUGAACGUAUCAGCUGUGUCCUGCGAGUCACUGGAAUUGUUAACAUGCUUUGUUUACAUUGACAACUUCACUUGAGGGUGAAAUUAAAGCUGAUUUUAAAGUUCAUGAAUUUACUCACCAGUUUUGUUUUCUUCAAGUUUGUGGUAUUGUAUUCUGGCCUGAAAAUAGCACUCCUAAGCAUUACUGUAGUUAAAGAUCUAUCAGAUUCAUACUUAAACUCUAUAAAUCUGCAGCAUGCAAUUGGGCUCAACAGGAAUAUUGGCUGUUUUUCUAAAAUGGAAAAAGGAAAUUUUACUGUGUAAGUUACUGGUUUAUAAAAAUUCAUUUUAUAUGCUACCAAUAUUUUUAUUUUUAAUAGCUAGCAGAUUACAGUGAGCUCUGUUCAAGAUUAAAAUCAUACCUAAAGCUUUCCCCUAGCCAGAACCUUAUGAUGUUUUGUUUGUUUGUUUGUUUACUUGUGGCUUUUUAGCAUGAGGACUUUGUGAACGUGCACCAUAGUGGAUUUACACGAAGGUGUAUUUCUAGGAUAAAAUCAUGUUAAGCUACUGAAGAGCCUUCUAGUCAUUAUGUGCUUCAAAGUGUCAUUAAUACAGAGCUGUAGUUUGGACAAGCAAUGCUUCCGUCUUGAGACAAGGAUGCUUUUAAAGAAAGACUCUGUGCUUCAAGAAGUUCCUGAGGCGGAAUUGGGCAGGUGAUUAAGGCAUGGUCUGAAUGUUGUUUUCCUGCACAAAACUGCUCUGUUUGAUGGCUUGUUGCUGGCUUAGUAGUAAAUGUGGAUUGUCUCGCAUCCAUCCUUCUACUUCAGUAUAGCCAGAUGUUGCAGCCAGACUUAUUUUUCAAAGUGACUGGAAAAAUAAGUGGUUACUCUAAUUUGGUAUCGUGGGCUGUCCACCGUGAUACUGGGUAUUGCCAGUUGACAGUAUCUAAAUCAGUAACUCAUCUUGAGAUGAGAAAACAAACCAUAUUAAUUCACAAGUGGAUAAAUUUUGAAGGAUGAGAUUGUGUUUUCUCAUUCCUCGUUCUCUAAAUCUUAAGUUACUCUUUUGCAUUCAAAGCAAACUCUUUGUAUGUGAAUACUUUUUGUUUAAACUUAUGCUGGUUGUUGCAAGUGUCUGUAGCUAAUUUAUAGCAUGAUUUCCUUUUAUGAAAUGAUUGGAUUUACUUGAUGAACAACUGUAUUAUUGCCUGAUCUCAGGAAGCUUCAUACAGUUACUGUGACUACAGUCAUCACUGUACGUCUAGGGUAUACAGACUCUACACAGAAAUUAAAUCAGUGUAAGCAAUAUGAAAGCUAAAAUGCAAAUGUAAGGCAGAAAAAGACACUGCAGUUGCACGUAUGCUUGGCUGUGCGCUGCUAAAUACAGACAUCACAUCUUGGAGAAGUACAAUAUGUAGUUGAUGCUUCCAUUGCGGAAUUAAAUUACUGUGCUUUUUAAGUAUGAAUGUUAUGGGAAACGAUCAAAAGAGGUACUACGUAAAUACAGAUGGUAAUGUAUUUAUAUCUAAGCUUUCUUUUACCUAAGGAGGAGAAAGUCUGAAAUUGGAUGCAAAAUUUGUAAAACAGGAAUUUAAGUAGAUCUAAAAAACUAACCAUGUGCUUACUAUGCACUCCUGGUGUCUAAAUGCCACUAAAAUUUCAGGUAAUUGAUUAACACUUGGUUUGUGGAGAAACAAACCCGUUUUUGAGCAUGUUCUCAAAUUCCCUGACUUUAAUGAGUAUCAUAGAAUUCUGUGGUUGACUUUUAUCUGGGGCUGGUUUCAGUACUUUGGAUAGUCUUCACCCCUUCAGGUGUAGACCUGUCAGUAAAGGGUGGAACUGCUGUUCUAACACUUGGCCGUUUUAACACUGACAUUGUCUGUGUCCCUUGCUGAUGGGCACAUUGAAUGUUCCUUGACAUCACAGCCUUACACCAGCAUCAGACUUUCAGCCUCAGAUUUAUAAAUCCUAUGGAUUAUUGUAAGUCUCUUUGCUGCUGAAAAUUAAUUGGUCUUCUCCCUUCACGCGAGAUGCUAAUCAUCUUGCUGACAAUUAAGAGUUUUAUUGUUGUGGUGGCAGUGUCAUUGGCUGAAUGAUCAUGCUCAAAAGCUACCCUGAUUUCUUGUUCUCUUGGACUUGAAACAGCUGGUGUUUAUGCUGGAGAGGAAACGGGCAAACAGCUGCACAGAGGAUGGUUUCCAUUUGUACUAGAAGUUCAUAGGGGUUGGGAAAGAAUGAUGAUUAACUUCUGUCUUCAUGUAUAGAUUAAAUAAAGAUCUGUUUAAUUGAACGUUAAUGGUGACGUGCAGUCUGAUUAUUUGAGGCUGCCUUGUUCUUUGACCCAUCUCUUUUGCUGAUUGUUGGGAGUUUUUGUUUCUGUAUUUGAUCCAGAUUUAGCGGGCUGGUCUCUGUAGCCUUUCUGCAGGAAUCAUAUGCUCUGCGUUGAACGCGAGUUGGGACUUACAACUUUGUUUUGAAGGGAACUUAAUGCAUCCCAAAAUUUUUAAAAAUAACUGUAAAUUGUGUUUUUAGAAUGACCACUUUUGGCUGCCACCCUUCCCAUGUUACAACUGCUUUCUUAAACACUUCUCAUUGAUUUUCAUGUUUGUAUUAAAAACAGAACUGUUGUUUAUUACAGUAUGUAUGUUUUUACUCUGUUGUAUAGGACCCUGAGCACUGCAUAAAUAAACUUAUGAAAAGAGACUUUUACAAACUCA